UGCCUUUUAUAACAUGGUUAAUAAAUAUCUUUCCCACCCUCUAAUAAAAACCCACAACACAACCAUUUCUAUAUAAAAAUAAAUCCUAUUACUAUAGCAUAUUAUCUUAAAAAUAAAACCCCUUUUAAUCUCCAUAAUAAUUCUCUUUCUCAUCAACCCCUAUUUAAAACCCUAACCUUUUCUUUCUUUGGUCAUUUGCACAAAAAAAGAAAAAGAAAAUCAGUGACACCAUGGAUACAUAUGAAGCAACAAAAACAGUGUUAUCAAGAAUCCAAAGUAUAGAUCCAGAAAACGCAUCAAAAAUCAUGGGUUGUAUAUUAAUACAAGACCAAGGUGAUAAAGAGAUGAUAAGACUAGCAUUUGGUCCAGAAAAUCAUUUAAUUUCAGUUAUAAACCAAGCAAAAACUCGUUUAGGACUUUCAUCAAACACUUCAUCUGCACCUUACCCAUUUCAACAAUCUUCCCCUAGAAUGAUACCAAACAACAAUGGUGGGAAUGUUUUUGAUCAGUUGUCAUCAUCUUUUGAUGAUUCUAUUGUUUUUGUUGAGGAAAACAAUAGACAACAAAACCAGUUGUUUCAACAUCGUAGGAGUUGUUCAGUUAAUGAUGUUUUUCUUGGUGGUGGGUCAAAUGAUAGGACUCCUUAUUGCAUGUAUUAUGCAAGAGGGUUUUGCAAGAAUGGAAAUAAUUGUAAUUUUAUGCAUGGCGAUGAGUCUAAUAUUGAGUGUUUUGAUGAGUUUUUGCGUGUUAAAGCGUUACAACAGCAGCAAAUGCAGCAACAGAGAUUUAUGGCUACUUCUGGUGGGCGUCAUCCAUUUGGUUAUAACAGAUGCAUGAGUAUUUACAAUGAUAAUCAAAGAUCGGCUGCAGCAGCAUUAAUGAUAAGUGAUGAGUUCCACAAACAUGGCCGAUCCUUACCCGACAGAAAUGAGUUUUCAGCAAUGGCGCUGGGUGGAAAUUCGAAUUCUAGUUCGAGACAGAUUUACUUGACGUUUCCUGCUGAUAGCACAUUUAAGGAGGAGGAUGUGUCCAAUUACUUUAGUAUGUACGGGCCAGUGCAAGAUGUUAGAAUUCCAUAUCAGCAGAAGCGAAUGUUUGGAUUUGUUACUUUCGUCUACGCAGAAACUGUGAAGCUUAUCUUGGCCAAAGGGAACCCUCAUUUCGUGUGUGAUUCUCGCGUGCUUGUUAAACCAUACAAAGAAAAGGGAAAAAUCCCAGACAAGAAGCAACUUCACCUACAGCAGCAGCCUAUUGAUAGAGAAGAGUUCUCAGCAUGUUUAAGCCCCUCGGGGCUUGAGUCUAGGGAGCUCUAUGACAUUCCCUUUGGAACAAGGAUGUUUUAUAAUCCGCACGAGAUGAUGUUGAGAAGAAAAAUGGAGCAGGAUGCUGAAUUGCAGCAAGCGAUUGAGCUUCAAGGCAGAAGGUUAAUGAAUUUGCAACUGAUGAAGAACCAUCAUCACAAUAAUCACCUUCAACCUAGCGUCUCUCCAGGUGUUCCAUCUCCUGAGUUUCAAAACAAUCAGGGUUUUGUUUAUUCGUCUAAUGACAUCAACCAAGAAGACCUAGCAGAAAAUAACAGUGUCCAGGAACCCACCAAACCCCCAGCUAAUGCAGCUGAUGACAAUCAGGAGAUGCCACAUACAAGUAACAAAAAUGGCAGUUGCGGCAAGGAACAGACCUCGAAUGCUGAUGACUCUGAUCCUCUAGAAAGCAGCUUGGACCACAUCCUUCCUGAUAACCUAUUUACUUCUCCUACUAAAUCAGCUGCAGAACAACAUGUUGAACUUGAAAAUUUGGUAGAAUCAUUUACAAGUAGUAAAAGUCCUCUAGCUGUAUAGCAAACACAACAGAAGAAAAGAUCUGUAAGGAAGAUCUCCUCAAGAUUGUUGCCAUCAUCAAUACCAUACUACUUACAACAAAUACAUAAUGCAUAGGUCAAGGACAGAUGAACUGAUUGAUGGGAGUGAGGUCCCUCUCUGUUUAUUUUUGUACCCUUUUUGUAGUUUGUGUGCUGGACCACACAGAACAAUACCAUAACAAAGGCUAGUAGAUUAGUAGUAACCUUAGAUAGUGUAGUAGUACUUUUUUUCUCUGCCCUCUUCUAAAUCAUAGCUUGCUAUCAUGUAAAACUUAAUGUAGAAAAAGGAAAAAACUUUUAGAUUACCAUGUUUCUGCUAAAUGAGUAUAUGCAUUUAGCUUGUCA